GUUUAGCGGCUUAGUGUGAGUCCGCGAUUACUCGAGUGCGGUUUAGAACGGCGCAACUGUAACAAACUGGAAAGCAAAUAGAACAUACAAGCCGAGAAAAAAAGUAAAAAUAAUCAUAAACAAUUUUAUCAGCGGCUUAAGUGAACUUUCAUUAUUCCACUUUUCGUUUUAUUUUUGUGUAGUUUCCAGUUCUUUUCUGAUUGGUAUUGCGCAGAGCGCGUGUGUGUACGCGUUUUAGAAGCUAUAAAUUCUAUGUGCGUGCCAUUGUGUUUGUGAAUAAAAUGCAUUCGACUGCAAGUAGCUGCCCAUUCGGCAGUUCCCUGAAGAUUUUCGUUAUUUUCUUAUUAUGUGCGCUGCAUAACAACUUGUGCGAAGCGCGGCCACAGCGCGCAGAGCAUGAAGAAAUAGCGGCUGGAAAGAAAUGCGGUUAUGAGAGCUGCCCCAAAACCAAACCCAACAUGUUGAAUGUCCAUCUGGUGCCACACACCCAUGACGAUGUGGGCUGGCUGAAGACAGUCGAUCAAUAUUAUUAUGGCAGCAAAACACUUAUACAAAAGGCGGGCGUGCAAUAUAUUUUAGACUCGGUAGUGCAGGAACUGUUGCGCGAUCCCGAAAAGCGUUUCAUCUAUGUUGAGUCGGCAUUCUUCUUCAAAUGGUGGCGUGAACAGGAACCCGAACUACAGCAGCAAGUGAAAAUGCUGGUGAACGAGGGACGGCUGGAGUUCAUUGGUGGCGCCUGGAGUAUGAAUGAUGAGGCGACAGCGCAUUAUCAGAGUAUUGUCGAUCAGUUUACCUGGGGCUUGCGGCGCCUCAAUGACACUUUUGGUGAGUGUGCGCGUCCACGCAUCGGUUGGCAGAUCGAUCCGUUUGGGCACUCACGUGAAAUGGCUUCAAUGUUUGCGCAAAUGGGUUUCGACGGUCUCUUCUUCGGACGUCUAGAUUACCAGGACAAAAUGGAGCGUUUGACGACCAAAACAGCGGAGAUGAUAUGGCGCGCUUCGGCUAAUUUGGAUGAUUCCUCUAAUCUCUUCACUGGCGCUCUAUAUAAUCAAUACCAACCACCACCCGGCUUUUGCUUCGACAUACUUUGCGCUGACGAGCCGAUAAUCGACGCCAAGCAUAGUCCAGAUAAUAAUGUUAAGCGCCGCGUCGAUGAAUUCAUCGCAAUUUCACGCAAUAUGUCCAAGGGCUAUCGCACCGAUAACAUACUCGUUACAAUGGGUGAAGAUUUUCACUAUCAAAAUGCGAAUAGCUGGUUCAAGAACCUCGAUAAGCUAAUCAAAUACACAAAUGAGCGACAAGUGAAUGGUUCCAAUGUAAAUCUACUCUAUUCGACGCCCUCCUGUUAUUUGAAGUCCCUGCAUGACGCUGGUAUAAGUUGGCCCACAAAGGACGACGAUUUCUUCCCGUACGCCUCCGAUCCGCACGCCUAUUGGACGGGUUACUUCACCUCUCGGCCUACACUAAAGCGUUACGAACGCGUUGGCAAUCAUUUUCUCCAGGUUUGUAAGCAGCUCACCGCUAUGGCACCCAAAACCGCCGGCCAAUUCGAUCCACAUCUCUCAUUCAUGCGCGAAAUGAUGGGAGUCAUGCAGCAUCACGACGCAGUCACCGGCACCGAAAAGCAGGCGGUUGCUGCCGACUAUGCGCGUCAUCUGGAAGUAGCUAUUCGCGCAUGUGCCACCAAUACAAAGGAAGUUCUGAAUCAGUUGACUGUGGACACCGCCGUGCCCACAAGUGUUACAGAGUCUGGAGCACGUGAACGUCGUUGGGCUACUGGUCCCAAAAAAGAAUACACCUUUAAAUUUGAAACGUGUACGUUGCUCAAUAUUAGUUCGUGCGCCGUGCCCGAGCAGGCGGACAAAUUUAUUUUGACUUUGUACAACCCAUUGGCGCGAACGGUUUCGGAAUUCGUACGUGUACCAGUGCCGGACGUUAACUAUGAGGUUAAGGAUUUCGACGACGUGACAAUGGAGACGCAGUUCUUACCAGUACCUACGCCAGUUCAGGAUCUCAACUUCCGAAAAUCUAGCGCACUCUAUGAACUUGUUUUCCUUGCAAAUUCGCUGCCGCCACUGGGCUACAAGUCUUUUUAUAUAACAAAAACAAAUGGCAACCGCAUGAAACCAGUAGCGGAUCCCGUAAACGAGUCGAGCUUCACAAGCAUAGGAAACGAGUAUAUUCGACUCAACUUCGACACAAACGGAUUUCUUGUGACUGUCACAGCUGACGGCAUGACACGCAUUAUUAACCAAGAAUUUGUGUAUUACGAAGGCGCUAUAGGCAACAACCGCGAAUUCCGUAAUCGUUCUUCGGGUGCAUAUAUUUUCCGCCCCGCACGCGAUCAAGUCCGUUCGAUUUCUCUGCAACCGAAACUCAAAGUCUACCGCGGUAAUCUCGUCGAAGAGGUCCAUCAACAAUUCAAUGAGUGGGUCAGUCAAGUAGUGCGUGUGUAUCGACAACAGCACUAUGCUGAAUUUGAAUGGCUCGUGGGGCCGAUACCAGUGGAUGACGGUAAGGGCAAAGAGAUCGUUAGUCGUUUCAACUCGGAUAUAAAUUCAGCGGGUAUCUUCUAUACUGACUCUAAUGGACGCGAAAUGCUUAAGCGUAAACGAGAUCAUCGCGAUACUUGGAAGGUCAAAUUAUUGGAACACACCGCUGGCAAUUAUUAUCCCAUCACCACAAAGAUCGCAUUGGAGGAUGAAAAUGCACGCAUGGCCAUAUUAACGGACCGCGCACAGGGCGGCAGCUCCAUGGGUGCUGGCUCUUUGGAACUGAUGGUUCAUCGACGUUUAUUGCAUGACGAUGCCUUCGGUGUUGACGAGGCCUUGAAUGAGACCGCUUACGGAGAGGGUUUGGUAGCCCGUGGCACACACUAUCUAGUUGUGGGUUCAUCAAACAAACGGCAAAGUCCAACAACACAGGCAAUCGAACGUUUUACACAGUUGCGCAAAUUAUUACCCGUCUGGAGUUUCUUCAGUGACGCUAAGAAUAUAGCCUAUGAUGAUUGGCGUCAGAACUUUACUAAUAUUUUCACCGGCAUAGAGUUGGAGCUACCGAAAAAUAUCCACCUUAUGACCUACGAACCGUGGUAUGAGAACGAAGUGCUCGUACGCUUCGAGCACAUACUUGAGAAGGAUGAAGACCCCGAGUACUCAAAGGCCGUACAGUUCAAUGUUCAAAGCGUAUUGUCGAGCUUAAAAAUCGCUGAUAUGCGUGAAACUACGCUGGCAGCAAAUGCUUGGUUGGGCGAUAACAAACGUAUGGAAUUCGUGCCGGAUUCGCCUGAGGUAGCCUACAACUCUUAUGGCAUUUACCAAAAGUCACUUGAGCACCAGCUUUUGUUAAGAGCCGACCGACCUCUACUGGGUGCUAAAUACUACAACCAAGCGAAAAUCUCUAAGGGAGAAGAAGAAGAUGAUGAACAACUAGCAGUGCAAACGAACCGUCUAAAACGUGUGACCGAGGAGUCCCAGGAACUGAAUCGCGAGCGUGCAGAGAAGCUGCGUAAGCUUAAGGUGCCAAGGCAGACUUUGCCGGAGAACUAUGCAAACGGCGAUGAUCGUUUCCUCAUAGAACUGAGUCCAAUGGAAAUGCGCACCUACAUACUCACUUUGCAGAAAGACAAUUGAAGCGAAGUAAAAGACGGUGGUGAUUUUUGCAGUUAAUAUUUUGAACAUACAGUUAUGUAGUUGUACAUGAAAAUCUCGCAUGCUAUAUAUAUGCAUUGAGUAUAAAGUGAAAUAUAUUGUAGUGGAAUGAUUAACUAGAUUAGUGGUCGAGGCAGCUGCGGGUCUCCCAAAUAAAUAAAUACAUAUAUGCACAAAUUGA